AUCUAGAAGGGAAAAAAAAAAAAGGGAAAAUGAAAAUCAGAAGACUUUUCUCUUCCUGUAGGACUUCUCAGUGUUGUAUUCUUUUUUAGUUCUUUGCAAUGUAGGAUUUCGAUUCGGACGAAAUGGUUGAGAGUCACGGAAACGAGGUCGGAUCUCUAGUUCUUGACCGCCCUGCCGCCGCUGCUCACCACACCCGACUAUGGGCGGCCUUCUCCAGUUCUGCAUUCCGUCGGAAAAUCGUCGACGCGGUGAGCUGUAGUGCCAGCCCUCGCCACCGUCAGAACGAGGCAGCGGCGGCCGUUUCUACCGCCACCUCGACGACAACAGCUAAAUCUGUCUCGGAGCAUUCCGAGGAGCAGAAGCAUGAGAGAGUGAAAGCGAAGGGGAACAAAACAAAUGUGAAGUCGGAGAAGCUAUCGGAUCUCUUGAACUUGGUGGAGGCAGAGUCUGAAGCCGAGACCAGAAAGAAGGUGGAGGUUUUGGAGGAGUUGAAGCUGGUGGUGAAGGAGUUGCAGGUCGGCGAUGAGGCGACGAGGAGAGAAGCGGCUAGUAGAGCCCGGCUGCUUGCUAAGGAAGAUUCGGAAGCUAGAGUGACGCUAGCGAUGCUCGGAGCGAUUCCGCCGUUGGUCGGGAUGCUCGAUUUUGAGGACGCCGAUUCGCAGAUCGCCGCGCUAUAUGCAUUGCUCAAUCUCGGAAUCGGAAAUGAUGUGAACAAAGCAGCCAUUGUUAAAGCAGGGGCAGUUCACAAGAUGCUGAAGCUUAUUGAAUCUCUGAACGCUCCAAACCCAUCUGUCUCUGAUGCUAUAGUUGCUAAUUUCCUUGGCUUGAGUGCGUUGGACUCGAAUAAGCCAAUUAUUGGAUCAUCAGGAGCACUUCCUUUCUUGUUAAAAACCCUGAAGAUUUUGGGCAAUAUUAAAGGUUCUCAGGCAAAACAAGAUGCCCUUAGGGCUCUGUAUAAUAUCUCAAUCUUCCCACCGAACAUUUCCCUUGUUCUAGAAACUGAUCUGGUACCAUAUCUCAUGAACUCAUUGGGAGAUAUGGAAGUAAGUGAAAGAAUUCUCUCGAUUUUGAGCAAUGUAGUAUCAACCCCAGAAGGUAGAAAAGCAAUUAGCAUUGCGCCUGAUGCAUUCCCAAUUUUGGUUGAUGUGUUGAAUUGGACUGACUCGCCAGGGUGCCAAGAGAAGGCAUCUUACAUUCUCAUGGUGAUGGCACAUAAAGCAUAUGGAGAUAGACAAGCCAUGAUUGAGGCUGGAAUUGUGUCAUCCUUGCUUGAAUUAACACUUCUGGGAAGUACAUUGGCACAAAAGAGAGCUUCUAGGAUUUUGGAGGUAUUGAGAGUUGAUAAAGGCAAGCAAGUUUCGGAAAACUUUAGUGGGAAUACAAGUGCAGCAGUGUCUGCUCCUAUCUGUGGGUCUUCUUCAUCGUCUACAAAUCCAAAUGGAACUUCAAAUGAUUGCUUGGUGGAGGAGGAAGAUAUGAUGAGUGAGGAGAGGAAAGCUGUGAAACAAUUGGUCCAGCAGAGUUUGCAGAAUAACAUGAGGAGAAUUGUCAAGAGGGCCAAUUUGCCACAAGAUUUUGUUCCAUCAGAACAUUUGAAGUCCCUCACCGCAAGCUCGACAUCGAAGAGCUUACCAUUUUGAAAAGCAAAUGGAAUCAUUAAUUCCAAGCAUGGAGAUUGAAGUGAAGAAUCUGAAGUCAGUCUUCUUGUCACAAUCUUUUAGUGCUUUUGAUUUUUGUGGCUUUGUUAUUGUAUGAUAGAUCUUUCUUUGUUCAUAGAUUGUGUUAUCAAAAUGAUCUUUGUAGAAAUUCUCGUCAAAUUUCUUCAAGAGAUCCAUACUGUCUCUGAUUCCCAUUAAUCUCACUCACAAAUCAACUUUUGAAAAAGAA